AUGGUUCCAGGCGGCGGUGGCACGGUCGCCACGCCCACCACUGAAGAGGAGAAGACGACGCCCUCCUCCCACUCCUCCGAGCAGCAGCCGCCUCCCGUGCCGCCUGAGACCGGUCCACCUUCGCUGGCGGCGGACUCACAGGAGGGCAAACCUUGGGCACUCAAGCUGGGAGAGUACCUGCAGCGGCGCUCGAAGGGAGAGGUGACCGAGCCCGACGCGGACGCUGUGCCUUGGGCGGUACAGCUCGGCACAUACCUUCGCGAGAAGCAGCCCGGCCCGUGGUCGCUGCUGGCCAACGAAAAGCCGCAGGACCCGUUGGCGCUGCGCCUCGGCAACUUCAUCAACGAGACCCAGCCCAUCAAAGUCUUCCACCAGGGCAGCGACGAUGCUUCCGGCGAGCAGCCAAAGGAGCCAAAGGAUCCGUUGGUACUCCGGCUCGGAAACUACCUGUCCGGCUCGAAGGAGGCGCCGACAAGCGCCGAGCCGCCACCUGUUGAGCCGCCACCCCCCUCUGCCGCAGCUAAGGAGGCCGUCCCUGUUCCGGCGGCAGCGCCCGCCCCGCCAGUGGUGCCGCCACCUGCAACCUCCCUAGCAACCUCCGAGCCCGCUGCGGCAACGCCUCCCGCGAUCGCGUGA